AUGUUGUCAUUAAGGCAAGUGGAAACCCUCAUUCUGAUAGCGAUACUUUUCCUUGCCAGUUUUUACACUGAGGCUAAACCAGUCAGAAAAAGAACCAUCAGCGAGGUUCAGCUCAUGCACAACGUUCGAGAACACAAACAAGUCGGGGACAGACAGGACUGGCUACAGGAAAAGUUAAAGGACAUCAUUGUUGCCAGUGUUAAACCGCAACAAGGACAGUCAGGGAAUAUUAAAAACCUUUUGCCUAAAUGA